UUUUUUCAUUGGGCGACUGUCACAGAGGGAGAGAGAGAGAGAGAACAGACAUCAGAGAGAGGAGAACGUGAUUGGAUGCCAGCGCUGGAGUCAAAAAACAAAGCAUCUUGUUAGUUUUAGUAGUUGUCAUGGGCCCUUGGGGGUCGAUCACAGCUGACUCACAGAGGAACCAAGAGUGUGGAGAGAACAUCCACACUUCUGACAAGGAAAUCGGGAGCGUUUGGGGUUUGUAAAGGACGUCCCAGGAAGACCUAAGAGGACACCGUUUUUUGAUACUGAAAAUGAAGAGACCUCACGACUACAGCUCCCCCGACUCCGACACUGACGAGUUCAUCGACGUGGGGCAAGAAGACGGCUACGGCGCUGUGACUGGUUCCAUGUCCCCCGGUAGCGCGUCGCAGGUCCUGGCCCGAAAGAAGAGAAGAGGGAUCAUAGAGAAGAGGAGGAGAGACAGGAUCAACCACAGCCUUUCCGAGCUCAGGAGAUUGGUCCCGAGCGCGUUCGAGAAGCAGGGUUCGUCGAAACUGGAGAAAGCGGAGAUUCUGCAGAUGACGGUGGAUCACCUCAAACUGCUUCACGCCAUGGGAGGAAAAGGUUACUUUGACGCCCGAGCUCUGGCCGUAGACUACAGGACCCUCGGCUUCAGGGAGUGCGUGGGGGAGGUGGUGCGGUACCUCAGCUCGCUGGAGGGGGAGUCAGCGGACCCCAUCGCUGCCCGCCUCGUGUCCCACCUCUCCCACUGUGCCAGCGAGUUAGACCCCAUCCUGCUCCAGCCCGCCCCAGCCUCCGCCGUGCCCUUUGCCCCCUGGCCGUGGCCCACCUUCCCUCCGCUGUCUCCUGCGCCUCCCGCUUCAUCGUCACCCCCGUUUCACCGCCGGGAUCUGGCUUUGUUGGGGGCGUACUCUCCACCCGUGUCUCUUCGUCUCAACCCUCCUCCUCCGCCUCCUCCUCUCGUCGCUCCGCCCGCCCUGACUACCUCCGUCCCCCGUGUGUCGUCCUCCCUCACCCCGUCCCCGCUCCACAGAGGAACACAGCCGCCCCAUCACAGCGUGUCCAACGUCUCGCCGGGUCCACUGUCCCCGCCGACGUCUUCGUCCGCCUCCACCGCCUCCUCGUCGCCUCCCGCACAAGCUUCGUUUAGACCCUUCGCACCACUGGCGUCCCCCUCGGCCCAGCGUAGGGGCGUGAACGUAUCAAGCAAGUCGCAUCAAGCCUGGGGGACAGAGAUAGGAGCGUUCUGACGGCUUUUACGUACGAAGGACUUUUAGCAGUAAAUAUGGACGUACAAUAGGCUCUGUGCACAUUAGCACCCGGCCACAUCACUGUUAGCAUCACUACUUCCUGUCUAAUUUUAUCUCUAUGAGGUUUUUGCAGAUUCACGCUAAAAUUAAUAAAUAUUUAAAGAUCAGGCAGUGGACAGGGAGCUGCAGGUGGGUUAGAAUGAAUGAAUACAUCUGUGUUUAGAAAGAGAUGUUUGUGUUUCAAUGCUAACGCUAAUGCUAAUUUUGCGGCAAACAAAAAUAUUAAAACAGCAACACAAACUGAAGUAUUCUACGUUUAAACACAACUGAGUAGUAAGAGUUUUUACCUAAACUAAUUUGAAUAUUAAUACGCUGUUUAUUUUUUGCUUUACGAUUUUAAUAAAAGCGACUGUUAGCGUCGAGACACGGUGAGCUAGCUAGCGUGCUGCCGUGCACUGAGCCUAUAGGUGUCGUGAAUUUCAAUGCUGGACUUUACACGUGGGAGUAUGUCUGUAGUGCGUCGUAUCAGAUCGGACGAAUGGAGAAAGAUAUGUGCACCCAUAAUGCAACGGUGCACGUUUUGGUUUAGCUAACGCGAGGCGAAUCAGGAAGUGCCCUCAAAGCCUCACUUUUGGUUUAACUCUUUUCAGAACAUCAUUAAUGCAUGAAGCCAUCUUUGUACAGACUUGAAAGCCAUUUUAGAAAUAUCUGAAGUAGCCUAUUCAUGGGUUUCGGCUUCUUUAUAUCAUUUCAUAUUUAGUUUAGUUAAUCGCUACGACAACGACGCUAAUUUCUCAUCAUUCUGAAACCCACGGAUAAGUUCAUGUGUAGAAUUUUGCACCAGAGCCAUAUCAACGUUCCACGCUAAGACUGGCCUUCUGACUGUGAAAUUGCUGUUGAAAUAAUUCUCAUUUUAUUUUGUUUUCAUUACCGACGUCAUAAAGUGCCUUGAUCCUUGUUGACUGCGUGUUCUGAAUACUCUGUACAUGUAAUCCCCCCCCUUUAACUUCUAUCAAUAUAAAUGGCAAAAGGAAUAGCUGAGACGCUUGUGGUAUUUGUUCCCCCCUCUCGUCCCCCUGUGUCUGAAGUGUCUCCAUGACGGCUGGGGGGCGGGGGCUGCGGUCGUGUGGUGACAGCGGAUAAACAUGGUGGGAGCUGCUGAUGUUUUUGGGAUGCCACGGCGACGCAAACAGACCCAUCGGCCUCUAAUUGACCAGUCCCUGUAAUCAAGUUCAGACUCAUAUCAGCCCUCCCUGUCUCUCCGCCAUUCUUCCCUCUCCAAUCUUGCGGUACACCAACGGAUAUCUUUCUGGCCCGUUUUGUCUCCGCCACUGUCUCCUUAACAAUAGAAAGUCAGAGGGAGAAAACAAAUGGAAAGAUCUGAGGAGAUGUGGUUUAGAUGCUGAUA